AUGAUGUUGAGUGUUAUGGAAGAGAAACAAACAACACGAAGCAACAAACAGGGUAAUUUACGCCAAAAACGUCGACGUCCGCAGAAGUUUGACAACGAGGUUUUAUCGUCUGAUUACUAUGGGCCGGAGCUUACAUCGAAAUCCAAGGAAGAAGUAGACAAAUGGCCUAUUGCUCGUGGGUUACUGUGGAAGCAGCGAUCGUACCUCACGGUGAAAUUCCCGCAAAAGAAACGAAGCAGGAUCUUCCACUAA